CAACAUUUAAAUCACAUACUUGGCUUGACUUAUCUAAUUCUACUAUGUUAAUGGAAAGUAUUUGUUGUUUAUGUCCAGAAAUUUAUACAUAGCAUUGGGAAAGAGUUAUUAAGAAUUUUAAAGCGGUUUGAAAAACUUGUUUGCGUACAUUAAACGCAUUAGUUUAUAUUUUAAGGUGGCUUAAAGUUCAUUUUAGCGAAGUGGGUAGUGACUCGAAUUGUCAGACAUGGCCGCUAGUGAUUCUACCGACGAUUCCUUGUAUCCUAUUGCUAUUUUAAUUGAUGAACUAAAGAAUGAAGAUGUGCAGUUGCGCUUAAAUUCAAUCAAGAAAUUAUCUACAAUUGCUUUAGCAUUGGGGGUUGAGAGAACCCGUUCUGAAUUGAUACCCUUUUUAACAGAAACAAUUUAUGAUGAAGACGAGGUUCUACUUGCGUUAGCUGAACAAUUGGGAAAUUUUAUUUCACUUGUUGGCGGUCCAGAACAUGCUCAUUGUUUAUUACCUCCUCUCGAAUCUUUGGCUACUGUUGAGGAAACUGUUGUUCGUGAUAAAGCUGUAGAGUCACUAAGAGCAGUUGCGCAACAGCACAGUCCUCAAGAUUUGGAAGCACAUUUUGUUCCAUUGUUGCAAAGAUUAGCAUCAGGGGAUUGGUUUACAUCUAGAACAUCUGCUUGUGGUUUAUUUUCCGUCUGCUACCCACGAGUAUCUUCUACAGUUAAAAAUGAUCUGAGAAGCAACUUUAGAUCAUUAUGCCAAGAUGACACACCAAUGGUCAGACGUGCUGCAGCUAGUAAGCUUGGUGAAUUGGCUAAAGUUGUGGAGCUGGAAUAUUUAAAAUCUGACCUGAUUCCAAUGUUUGUCACCUUGGCUCAAGAUGAACAGGCAAGUUCGGAUUCUGUGCGUCUUCUAGCAGUUGAGGCUUGUGUGAGUAUUGCUACAUUAUUACAACAAGAGGAUGUUGAACAAUUAGUAAUGCCGACUUUGAGACAAUGUGCCAAUGAUUCCUCUUGGAGAGUGCGUUAUAUGGUUGCUGAUAAGUUUACUGAACUUCAAAAAGCUGUUGGCCAUGAGAUUACAAAAACAGAUUUGGUUUCUGCAUUCCAAAGUUUAUUGAAAGAUACAGAAGCUGAAGUACGCGCUGCUGCAGCUUCAAAAGUUAAAGACUUUUGUGUCAAUUUGGAGAAAAGUCAACAAGAAAGCAUAAUUAUGACUAGUGUUUUACCAUAUGUAAAAGAAUUAGUUGUUGAUCCCAAUCAACAUGUAAAAUCUGCCUUGGCAUCAGUGAUAAUGGGUUUGAGUCCAAUUCUCGGCCGUCAUAAUACUAUUGAGCAUUUACUACCACUAUUCCUAAACCAGCUGAAAGAUGAAUGCCCGGAAGUUCGUUUAAAUAUCAUAUCAAACUUGGAUUGUGUCAAUGAAGUGAUAGGCAUCCAGCAAUUGUCACAGUCUUUACUUCCAGCCAUUGUUGAAUUAGCGGAAGACUCAAAGUGGAGAGUAAGGCUAGCCAUCAUAGAAUACAUGCCUCUUCUGGCAGGGCAAUUGGGCCAAGAGUUCUUUGAUGAGAAACUAAACACGCUAUGUAUGAGCUGGCUAGUUGAUCAUGUGUUUGCAAUUAGGGAGGCGGCAACACUGAAUCUUAAAAAGCUUGUUGAACAAUUUGGCUCCCAAUGGGCAGAAUCAACAGUAAUUCCAAAAGUAUUGGCAAUGUCACGAGAUCAAAAUUAUUUGCAUAGGAUGACUUGUUUGUUCUGUAUAAAUGUUUUGGCAGAAGCAUGUGGAAACGACAUCACUACAAGACUUUUGCUACCCACUGUUUUAUCAAUGGCUGCAGAUAAUGUUGCAAAUGUUCGUUUUAAUGUUGCAAAAACUUUACAACGAAUAGGACCCUGGCUUGAGCAUUCAGUUAUACAACCACAAGUGAAACCAAUCUUAGACAAGUUAACAAUUGAUACCGAUAAUGAUGUGCAAUACUUUGCCUCUGAAGCUGCUUCUGGAAUUGCAGGUAGAACACCUGAACUGAUUGCUGCUAAUCUUUAGGUUGAAACACGCCAAGUGGAAGUUUAUUUUUAAUCACAAUCCCGAAGAUUAGAAUGAUUCAUAUAUUAAAUUAUAAUAAAUUCCUAAAGUAUGCAGAUUGUAACUUUGACAGAAAUAUAUCAUAACUGUGAAGCAAGUGUUUAAUUUCUGCUGUACCUAACAAGCGGAUUUUGGAAAUACGUAAAUAAUCGACUUGAUCCAUAUGAAAGCAAUAUAUUAAUU